CUGACCCGGGGCUCCCGGGUCCCUAAUCUCUUUGCUGCCCCACCCCACCCCCAGUUCUGGACCUGCACUCGGGCCUCUCAUUGCCAGUCCGUCCGGGACAGAGAGGGAGUGAUGACUUCUGCACUGACCCAGGGACUGGAGCGAAUCCCAGACCAGCUGGGCUAUCUGGUGCUGAGCGAAGGCGCAGUGCUGGCGUCGUCUGGAGACCUGGAGAAUGACGAGCAGGCGGCCAGUGCCAUCUCGGAGCUGGUCAGCACGGCCUGUGGGUUCCGGCUACACCACGGCAUGAACGUCCCCUUCAAGCGCCUGUCCGUGGUCUUCGGGGAACACACGCUACUGGUGACCGUGUCGGGCCAGAGGGUCUUUGUGGUGAAGAGGCAGAACCGAGGCCGAGAGCCCAUCGACGUGUAAGCCCCCUGGGGCAGGGGCAGAGGCCAUCGGAAGGGGCCCCACGUCUGAAGACAACUCCCCGCCUUCCCCCAUCCUCCUUGGCGUUCUGCGCCCUGGGCCCACCCCUGCUGAGCAGAGCUGAGGGGCGGGGCUCUGUGCUGAGAGGGGACAAGGGCGCCCCCCUCUUCUUUCCCUCCCUCGUAAUAAACGUGACCCGAUGUUCCCAGGC